AUGCCUAAUAUGUCUCCUCCGCCCAAGGGCGACCUGACGAACACAACUUAUGGUACCAUGAUGAUAAGCAGCGGCCUCACAUGGGGUAAAGAUGUCAUCGUCCUCUUCCUCAAGUGGCCUGACAACAACCUCGGUAUGUACGUCUUGGCUCUCUUCUUCACUUUCCUCCUCGUUGUCGCGAUCGAGGUUAAGCACCAUAGAAUGUUCCAAGGGCAGCGUGCUGACACUGGCUUUCGGUAUGGAAAUGUUGGGAGUGUCCCGCCAUUUGUUGAUUGGAGAAAGAAUGGAGUUGUCACUCCCGUUAAGGAUCAAGGCCAUUGUGGUAGUUGCUGGACAUUUUUAAUUGUUGUAGCUGUUGCGGACGUCGAUGCGGCGGUGGUGCUUUCUUUUGCGACGAGCAGCGUUGGGCUCAGAUUGAGGAUCCAUUCGGCAUUUUUCUAG